AAAACAAAAAAUAAAAUAAAAAAAUAAAAUAAAAAAUUGACCUAAUCACAGUAAUUGUUGUAGGGUUUUGCCUACAGAUAUAUAUAGAAAUAUUAAUGUAUUUCAACAGAGGCCCAUGCACUCCGGCAGUUGCUGCCCGACAAUCGACAUCUGAGUCGAACUUCUUGUCUAUAAAAGUCCAUCAUAGUUAAUUUCAUACAGCUUCAGCAUAUCACAGACUAUAUAUAAUGCAGCGUCUACGAACAAGGAGUGUAUUAUCUUCAGCGGCAACGCUAUUUGGCAAUCCUUCACAUUCUUUAUUCCUCCCAAAGCAGUCUUUCACAACCUCCUCUCUGGGAAAAAAAUCCCAAAUUUUGCAACAACAGGCUAUUCCAGGCGAUUUGUUAAAAUGGGGUUCACUCGGUUUCUGUAGGACCUCGAAAUUUGCCACUGGGUUCGCCCCAUUGCAGCCAAAGCCGUUGGAUUCCAUCAUUGACAUUGGGAGGGCAAAGAAUCAAUCACCCGAGGAUCUCACCGCCAUUUGGGAUGAUUACCACUUGGGAAGAGGUCACAUCGGUGCAUCAAUGAAAGCAAAAUUGUAUCAUCUGUUGGUGCAAAGAGCGGCAGAUUGCCGGUAUUUUGUCAUUCCUUUGUGGAGGGGAAGUGGUUAUAUGACGAUGUUUGCUCAAGUGCAGAUGCCGCACAUGAUCUUCACUGGUCUUGAAGAUUACAAGGCAAGAGGAACCCAAGCUGCUCCCUAUUUCACUGUUUCUUAUUACACAGAAUUUGUGGAAAGCAAGGACUUGGUGCUUAUUCGUGGGGAUGUUGUCUUCACCAGCAAGCUCGAUGACACGGAGGCAAAAUGGCUUGUGGAGACUGCACAAUCUUUUUACUUGAAUGACGCUAGGUACAAGCUGGUUGAACGUUUCAACAAGGAAACAAGUGAAUUUGAGUUCAAGGAUGUUUUACGAUCACUGGAUAUGCCCAUCUUGUAGUUUGUAUCAAGAAAAUUUGGAAUACUAGCAGCAAGAAGAACCAACGGCACUAGAAUUGUCACAAGGCAGUCCACAUGGAAGUUUCAUCCUAUAGUUGUUUUCAUUUUACUUAGUGGAAAAGAUACGAGUGAAAGAGAUCCAUUUUCUUCCUUUGUGGGAUUUAUCUGCUGUUGUCUUGUGACACAUCAAGGUACUGGUUUCCUUUGUUUUAUGUUCUUGAGAUUAAGGUUGUUCUCCUCUGAAAUAUGUUAAAAGCACUUUUUCCUUCCA